UCAGCGUCUUACCCUUUUUGAAUGAUUGGCUUUUACAGACGGACCUCUCGGAUGCGGUGCUUAUGCUCAUGCCCAGACACGUAGACGGUGACUUCAUCCUCAUCUUUCAGCGCACGUCCAGCGGCUUUAGUGGCUGUGCAAGAAUGGAUGGAUGCAUCUAACGCCGAGAAAACCAGCCUGUCUCUGUCAAUUAUCGCUUUUGACAUUUGUGUUGAGAUUUCUGCAGAUGCUCCAGGAAACCUGUUUUUUUUUUUUUUUUUUUUUGCCAGCAUGCUGCGGUGCUUGUGCAGGAGCUGCUGAGGACAUUUUUCUUUAUUAUUUCUUCUUGGCAGAGGCGCCUUCACUCACUGCUGCCUCAAAGGGAAGGAAGAGCAGAAAACAGAUGAUCAUGACGGACCCGCGAUCAAUUUACAGGAUUAACAAAGGACAUAGAUUCUGAGAUGUUCUCCUUCCAUGUAGAGGAAUACUGCUGAACCUGAUGACAGUGGAAUCCAUGUAAGCCUCCAACAAUACAAUGAACAACACUCUCUCACCAUCAGACCUGGUGGAUAUGCCAAGACAGCAGAGCUUCAAUAGCACCGGAGGUAUACAGACGCCUUCAGGUUGGGCCGUGAUUCACACUGCCACCUUGACCUUUUGCUCCCUGCUCCUCAUCUUCAUUUUCUUCCUGGGCUCCUACGGUAACCUUGUGGUGUUCUUGUCUUUUUUCGACCCGGCCUUUCGCAAGUUCCGCACCAAUUUUGACUUCAUGAUCCUCAACCUGUCUUUCUGUGACCUGUUCAUUUGCUGUGUGACAGCUCCCAUGUUUGCGCUGGUGCUCUUUCUGGACGCAGGAGCAGACGACGGGGUGUCAAAAAGUUUCUGCUUUGCCUUCCACCUCACUAGCUCUGGCUUCAUCAUCAUGUCUCUGGAGACAGUGGCAGUGAUCGCCCUGCACAGGCUCCGCAUGGUUUUGGGGCAGCAACCUAACCGGACAGCUUCGUUCCUUUGCACUCUGGCCCUUACUGCCCUUCUGUGGACGUCCAGCUUCACCAUGGCUGCUCUCCUUACCAUGCGUGCAUACCCACGCAGGGAUGGGCCCUGCUUGCCACACUUUGGACUUGGAAGUGGACAAGCUAGAGUUGUGCUAUACGUUUAUCUGGCAGACUUUGCGUUUUGCGUUUCUGUGGUGUCUGUAUCCUAUCUCAUGAUUGCAAGGACACUAAAGAAAAAUGCACAGGUGAGAAAAUGUCCCAUUAUCAGUGUCGAUGCCACAUGUCCACCACAGCCUGCACCUCUGAUUGCAGCAGGCUUUGAGAGCAUGCAGUGUGCUGUUCAAGGCCCUCCUUUGUACCGCAACCAGACGUACAACAAAUUGCAGAAUGUACAGACACAUGCUUAUGCAAACAGGAUCAGCCAGCCUGUAGUUCCAGGAGCAGCCCAAGGAGCCACCUGCUGUCAGAUGGUCUCUUCCGUCAACUUAGCCACAGCCAAAGACUCAAAGGCAGUUGUCACUUGUGUGGUUAUUGUGUUCUCUGUUCUGCUUUGCUGCUUGCCAAUGGGAGUUUCACUGGCGCAGGACGUUUUGUCACCAAAAAGCAACUUUACACAUUACCAGUUUGAACUCUGCGGCUUUGUGCUCAUUUUUCUCAAAUCGGGCAUCAACCCCUUCGUAUACUCACGCAACAGUGCAGGUCUUCGUCGCCGGGUGCUCUGCUGUGUUCAGUGGGCUGCACUGGGCCUUCUCUGUUGCAAGCAAAAGACUCGGCUUCACGCGAUGGGGAAGGGCAGCUUGGAAGUCAAUCGCAAUAAAUCUUCCCAUCAUGAAACAAACUCAGCGUAUGUACUUUCCCCGAAGCCACCCAGGAGGCUGGUAGACCAGGCCUGCGGGCCCAGUCGCUCUAGGGAGUGUGACAGUAGCCCGAGGGCCACAGUGGUGCGGAAACCUCGCUUACCAAGCACUUCUACGCCGAUGAACACCCGCAUUGAGCCGUACUACAGUAUUUACAACAGCAGUCCCUCAGCAGGACCUAGUUCCCCCACCAGCCUGCAGCCUGUCGGCUCUCAGACGUUUGCUUUUGUCAAAUCUUAUGUAGCCAUGCACUACCACACUCACCAAGAUGCAUUGCAAGACUUUGACAGCACCUCAGCACAACAGAUUCCCAUUCCUUCAGUUUGAAAUGUUUGGUCAGUUUUACCAUGGCUUUAAAUUCAUUGCCAACAGGUUCAUUUAAUGCAUUAGAAUCAGCCAUUUCAUUCUCUUUGGCAGUUUGUCAGGAUUAUAAGCUUUGCCACUGAUGCUAUAAUGAAAUAAACCUUAUUAGAAAGUUUAUGAGUUUUGCACUCAAGGAUGCAGUUUCACAGACACCUUGUGCAUGCAAGUGCCACUAUCUCACACAAGUCUAAAGGUUUCAUUUUUACUUUUAGUCUAAGACAACAGCUAGUUGAACUGUUGCAACUUCAGGCUACCAACAUACCCUGCAUAAGUCCACACAGCUGUCAGUGGAAUGUUUUUGCACCUUGAUGAACUUUUUGCUUAAGAAAAUGUAUUCGUGAACCUCAUAGUUUUUAACUUAAUAAAUGGUUAGCAAUCGC